AUGGACUUCUCGUGGUUAGCCGGCCAUGCCCGGACUACGUACUACAACAGCCCCAACCCCGUCAACCUCAAAACCAAGUCUGGGGAUGCUGUGUCUCUGCCGGAUCUGGUCAAGCAAGUGACGCCUCCUUGCCGCUUGAAUCCGUUACUCUUCAACGGACACCUGCAGACGGCUUACACCACUGUCAAGGGGGCCGAUGUUCCAGUAACCUACAAAAGAAAAAUCUUCGAGUCGGACGACCCAAGGUAUGCCGGAACAUUCGCCGUGGACUUCGUGCAUCGUAUAGCAUCCGAUGGCGUGGAUGAUUCACUCCCUCCGAGGACGACGUACUAUACCGACCAAGAGUUUGGCGAGGUCGGCUCUGAUGACAGCAAACCUAUGCUUGUUACUCUGCACGGCCUUUCUGGCGGGAGUCAUGAGAUUUACCUGCGUCAUGUUCUCGCUCCUUUGACCAAUGAACAGGGCGGAUGGGAAGCUUGCGUGGUCAAUUCCAGAGGCUGCGCAAUGAGCAAAAUCACCACCAGCGUGCUGUACAACGCUCGUGCAACGUGGGAUGUGAGACAAACAGUGAAAUGGCUGAGAGAAAAGUUCCCAAACCGGCCUUUGUUUGGUAUUGGCUUCUCACUUGGCGCCAAUAUAUUGACCAACUACCUUGGCGAAGAAGGAGAAAACUGCCAAUUGAAGGCCGCCGUAGCCUGUUCAAACCCGUGGAAUCUUGAGGUCUCAUCUAUGGUUUUGCAAAAAUCAUGGAUAGGCUUGAAUGUGUAUCAGAAAGUCAUGGGAAACAAUAUGAAAAAGCUUUUUGAGAUGCACGUGGACCAAGUCAAGAAAAACCCCGCGAUCGACAUUGAUAAAGUGAGAAGCAUUGACUAUCUCUUCGAAUUCGAUAGGUACAUUCAGUGUGCCAGUUGGGGAUACCCCACAGAAGGCUCAUACUAUCGCGAUGCCUCUUCUACAGACUCCAUGCUGGCCAUUAAAAUACCGUUCCUUGGUAUCAACGCUGAGGACGAUCCGAUCGCGGUAAAGGAAGCCAUUCCCUUUGAGGAGUUCAAGCAAAACCCAUAUGCUAUUUUGUGUAGCACCUCUCUUGGGGGUCACCUCAGUUGGUUUGAGAGUAAUGGCGACCGAUGGUUCGCAAAAGCCGUAAGUGCUGUUGCCUUUUUAGCGAAGAUGGCCAAGGACAUCAACCUAGAAGACAUCGAGAAUCCGGAACCGAAGAGUGUCAAUGGUAGCGCAGAAGCGAAGAUCAAGCAACCAGUCUUCGAGCCGAUGCGUCGCAAGCUGCACAUUCCGAAAGAACAUGCAGCAUAGAGUGCAUCCAGAUGCUUUGCUACAGUCAAAUCUGGUUACAACAUUCGACACGGUCAGCAAAAUCCGACUCUCAAAAAGGCGUUCAUCGGUGGCAUGUCCGGCUAGAGUUUGCGUAGCCUUUUGCAUACCUUUGGCGUUAUAACGAGAGAAACGUUGUAAACAGUCAACGCCAAUCUCAACAGUCGGUAGCUGUUGACCAGCCCAAACGAUGUAACCAGUCUGGACUGUACUUAACUUGGCAUUCACAUGAACGAAACCAUCAGAGGACUCACUGUAUACUUUCGUAGAACAAUCAUGGUAUCAUAGAAUAGAAUAGAAAGCGGCUCAACCAAAAGACACCCUCUUCUUGCUAGGCUUCGUAGACUUAGCGGGGGCCGCGGCGCUUUCGUCAG